CUUGGUUGUUGAUAAUAUCCAUGCUGAUAUGAUUGGUACCAAAUUCAUCAGGAUUUCUGAUUCCGAGCAAGUUGAACGCUGGCAAAUAGCAUAUGAGAGUUCAGCGGCUUUGGUCUUUCGUGAUCGUUAUGGUGAAGGUGAUAAAAGAUAUGCCAUGCCAUGUAUAACAAUCAAUAUGUAG